AUGUCAACAAUUAAAUCAACAAAGACGCCUCCCCCGCCUGCACCUCACGUCCCUAUCCUCCUUCUCGAUGGCGGACUCGGGACCAGCUUGGUUGACGAGCACGGCUGCGUUUUCAACGACAGUACCCCGCUUUGGUCCUCCCACCUCCUCAUCUCCGACCCCACAGCCGCGCUCCGAGCCACGCACGCGGCCUUCGCUCGCGCCGGCUCCGACGUGCUCCUCAGCGCCACCUACCAGGCCUCCUUCGCCGGCUUCGCGCGGACCCGUGCCGGGAUCGAUGCUGUGGCCGCUGCGCAGUUGAUGCGCAGCGCUGUGGAUGUCGCGCGGGAUGCUUUCCUGGGCUCGCCGGCGGGCGGGGGCGGGAAGGUGGCGCUGAGCCUGGGCGCGUAUGGCGCGACGAUGGUCCCGAGCCAGGAGUAUAGCGGGAGGUAUGACGAGGAGCGGAUGAGUGUUGCGGGCUUGGAGAGCUGGCAUUGGGAGCGGAUGAGGGCGUUUGUGCCGGGGCGAGAGAGGGUGGGGAGUUUUGAGGGUGGUGGUGGUGGUGGUGGUGGUGGUGGUGGUGGUGAGGGGCCCGAAGAUGAGGAUGGGGAUGAGGAUGGGGAUGAGGAUGGGGAUGGGGAUGGGGAUGGGGACGAGGAAGAGGAGAAGGUGCGGGUGUGGAAGGAGGUCGGGUUCGUGGCGUUCGAGACGCUGCCUCUGCGGCUGGAGAUCGAGGCUGUGAGGAGGGUCAUGGGUCGGGUGCGUGGCGGCGCCCGGGACUUCUGGAUCGCUUGCGUCUUUCCGGGCGAGGGGAACCGCUUGCCGGAUGGGACUUGCGUGAGGGAUGUGGUGAGGAGUAUGCUGGGGAAGGGGGAGGGCAUGGCGGUGCCGAUGGGGGUAGGGCUCAACUGCACGAAGGUGGGCAAGGUGGAGAGCCUGGUUCUGGAGUUCGAGAGCGAGGUGCGGGAGAUGGUGGCGGAGGGCGAGGCCGAGUGGCCCAGUCUGGUGGUGUAUCCGGACGGCACGAAUGGAGAGGUCUACGACACCACGACGAAGGAAUGGGUGAAGGCUGCUGCUGCGGGGAGUCAGAGUAUGAUGUCUUGGGAUGAGACCAUGUGGGGGAUUGUAAAGAGGGCGACGGAGAGGGGACUCUGGAAGUCGAUCCUCGUGGGAGGCUGUUGUAAGACUACGCCGGAGGAUAUUGGGAAGUUGAGGAUGCGGAUAGACCAGUCGUCGUCCGAUCGUCCGGCGGGCGAGAGCCAUCACGAACCAAAAUCCCCAGCCGUGCCGCAUGCAUCCGCCUGCGCGCAAGAGACGGACGGAUUGGUGGAUGGAUGCCGUAACGUGGUGUAG